GUUCGUGCAGCAGACAGUGUGUGCAACAGUGAAACUGUUCCCCUACUAUGAGUUUAAGAAACUGCGGAGCGUCAGGUACCACAGCCGCCCGUCGUGUUUAUAAUGUCGGGCAGAAAGCCCCGCUCGGUGGCAAACCCUCUGGAGUCUGCGAUCACGACCCCGAGUGAGAGAAUCCUCAAAGAAUGUCACAGUUUAUACGUGGACAGCGAUAACGGUUUGGUGAAAAUUGCCAACAGCCUGGGAGUGCGGCUUCUUCCUCCCAGAAAGAAAAUCGUAGUGAUGAUAAUGGGCAAUCACUCAGCUGGGAAGAGUUCCUUCAUAAACUGGUAUGUGGAGGAGCACAUACAAAAAACUGGUGUUGCCAUUGAAACACAAGGGUUUACAUUCAUUACAAGUGGCCGCAAAAGAGAAUCACUGACUGGAAAUGCAACAUUACAUCUAUACCCUCACUUUCGACCACUCCUAGAGUUCAAAGGUGCCCUGGACUACCUGUCUGCUGAGAUUUCUACCUCAAAACAGAAGAAGUUUAGUUUGGUAACAUUUAUUGACACUCCGGGUUUGGUGGAUGGAGACAUGAUAUACCCUUUUGAUGUAAACAGUGCCAUCACCUGGUUGGGACAACAAUCUGACUUGAUAUUUGUAUUCUUUGACCCAAUGGGUCAGGCUCUAUGCAAGCGCACUCUCAACAUUGUGGAGAGGUUGAGUGAUACUUGUGGAGAUAAGCUUUUGUUCUACCUCAGCAAGGCAGAUGAGGCUGGAAAAGAAACUGACAGACAGAGGGUUAUGAUGCAGAUUGUACAAGAGCUAUGUCGUCGUCCAGGUCUCAAUAAAUGUGGUUUUGAGAUGCCAACAAUAUACAUCCCCAACCCACAGAAGCCCAGUCGCUGUGUGAACCAGAUUGAUGGAGUUUGUCAGACGAUUGAAAAGGCAAUUAACCAGGCUGUACAGAAGACGCUGAACCAAUUAGAGAAAGACUGUGACCUGAUCUCUGCCUCUAUCAGCAGCAGACUGGAGAAGGACAAGUCUGAUGUGUCUUAUAACAAAAGUGUGCGCUUAUACUCACUGUUAUAUGGCGCUAUGGGCAUCUUCCUCCCUCUGCUCUUCAUCUUUAGUUUCAUUGUGAACACGUUUGUCAAAGAGCACUUGGAAGAGCUUAUUGGGGAAGGCUUGGCAAAAAUCCUUUCUAAUUUAACUGGAGUAGUCCUGUAUUUAUGGGAGUGGAUACCAGAAGAUGGACAAGUUGUGGUGGUGAUUUUAUUCAUGGCUUCUUGCUACCUCCUGCUUUUCUUAGCAAAGCAUUUCUCAAGACAAAGGAAUAAAACUCUCUCUAAGAAAGAGAAGAGGUCUUUGGCCGAGUACAAUGAAUACAUACAGGAUAUUGUCAAAACCAAGAAGGGCAAAUUGUAUGAGUGGUACCUCCAGCAAUGUGCAGCAGAAUAUGACCUCUGAUCCCUGGAACUAAUGUGCUGAUUUAUUUUCAGAUGUGUACAAGUAGCAAUAUUGUUCCUAUCUUCAUCAUCUCAGACUAUUAUCAACUCAAGUGCCUUAGGAGCUCUAUGCAACUUAAAAGUUUUAAUGUGAAAAAAUCAAAUACUUGUUUUCUUGUUUAUAAAUGGAAAUUUUCUAAUACAAGCAAUGAUUUCUUUGUCAUAUUAGAGCAGCUGUUUUAAUACUAAGACCAAUGAUCAGUUUCUGAUAUCCAAAGUUAAUGUAUUUUUCAAGUGUGACAGUUUUCACAAAAACAGAAUGAACUCCAGCACUCCACUAUUUUUUAUCAUAUUUAUUGUUGUCUUUGGGUUAUGGUGCUUUCAAUGUAGAUCUUUUUAAUAAUGUGAUUGGUAGCCAUAUUAUUGUCCUUAUGUCUGUUUGAUUGAUCGGUGAUUUCUGCCAGAUAUGAUGUCAUUUAAAUGUAGGUACUACUUGUACUGUGUUUCUAAUUAUGCAUUUGUUCUGAAUUCUGAUAAACUUUUUUAUGUCUUAGAAUUAGUAGUACAACAUCUAGAACAAUCUCUUUACACACAUACAGACAGGUGAAAGCAUUUUAUUUUCUGUUAGAAAAAUCUCAUCCUUUGAACAAUUCUUAAUUCAGUGUCAGUCUCCAGUCUUGGUCAGGACUCAGGUGUUGUGAGGUGUGCAGAUAACUAUGCAGAUGUGUUGAACAGUAAUUAGUCUGGCCACAACCUCAGUUCCCUGAGUUAGUAACAAGGGUGACAACUUUCAAUAAUUACCCUCAGUAACAACUGUAUUGCAUUCAUAAGAGACAUUUUAGAAAAUAUACAUACAUGAUCAUCAAAGCAUAUAGAUUUCAUUUGUGCAGUCUAAUUGCAAGGCAACAAUAAUAAGAGGUAUUUCGGUGCCCUAAACAUUAUCAGUUAUGAAAAGUCAUUAUUGUAUGCAUUCUAUUGCCUUACACAUUUAAACAUUUUGUUGAUGCAUCUGGAAGCCUAUGUAAAACCAUGCAAAUCUAUGCUCUGUUUUGAAUGUUUUUCUAUUAAAAUCCUCAUGUUGUGUGUCCCUA